AUGAGGACCGGCAAGGAGAAUUUGAUUGUUGGUAAACGAUUGAAAUACUUUUUCACAUUUCAUUGGAGAGGUUUUCUCUCUGUUCUAUUUCCUACCAUACUGUUGCCUCUUCUUUUUACAGAACCAGUGAUGGAGAUGCGCUGUUGCUAUGUGGUAUGUUUAAUGGCUUCUUUCUGGAUCUUUGAGCUUAUCCCUCUUGGAGUAACUUCUCUGCUGCCUGUAGCGUUUUUUCCCUUGAUGGGAAUUUUGGAUACCGAAACUACCGUUAAUUGCUAUUUCCCUAACGCUAUUCUGCUGUUCUUCGGAAGUUUGGUGGUGGCAUUGGCCAUUGAGUAUUCGAAUUUACAUAAACGCAUAGCCUUUGGUGUACUCUCUUUAGUUGGCUGUAGCCCGUACAAAUUACAUUUUAGCAUGCUAUACAUUACAAUGUUUGUAUCAAUGUGGAUCACCAAUUCUGCUGCCACGGCAAUGAUGUGUCCGAUUAUUAAAGGUACUCUAGAGGAAAUGGCGGGGCAAGGCGUUGUUGAUGUCUAUGAUGAAAGCAAGGUUCUUGCAGCCGAUGACCCACCAUAUCCUUCUAGAGUUGCAAUUGCCUUUUACCUUGGAGUUUCGUAUGCUUCAUCUAUCGGUGGAUUAGGUACCCUUAUUGGAACUGGAACAAAUAUUGCUUACAAAGGCAUCUUUGAAAAAAUGUUCAAAGACACAAACGACAUGAGCUUUUUGCCCUUCAUGGCAUUUAAUGUGCUACCAAUGCUCCUUAACACAACUCUAGUUGCUGUGGCACUGCAAUGGCAAUUCAUGGGUUUAUUUAGAUUGGGUGAUAAAAAAAUUACUGCGUCUAAAGAAGCCGAAGAAGCUGCCCGGGCCGUCAUUAAAGAAAAAGCUAAAGAAUUGGGAAAAUUUUCAUGCCACGAGCUUCAAGUGGGAAUAUUUUUUUUACUGAUGAUAGUUCUUUUUCUCACACGGAAGCCAGGCAUGGCUGGUCUAAAAGGAUAUGCAGACAUUUUGACAGAAAAAAAACUUAAAUCCGCUUCUGGACUCAUAGGCGUCUCUUUCCUUCUUUUCACAUUGCCCAUCAAUUAUUUAAGCAUGAAGUAUUUCGCAUGCCGGAGAUCAAGCCAAGAAGGCACAAUAAGAUCCAUUCUCGAUUGGCCUUGGUUUUCCGUACGUCACUCAUGGGGAUUAUUAUAUUUACUUGCUGGAGGUUUCGCACUAUCUGAAGGGGCAUCAAAAUCUCAUUUUGCCGCAUAUGUUGGAGAAAAGCUAUCUGCACUGGAAGUACUUCCUCCAUGGCUCCUACAGUUAAUUUGCCUCAUAGUUGCCGUGGUAGCCACAGCUUUUACGUCAAAUGUAGCCAUGUGCAACAUUUUAAUGCCCAUUUUAUUGAAUUUGGCGGUAUCUAUAAGGGUAAAUCCCACUUAUCUUUGUCUGCCCGCUGCGUUAGGCCUAAGCAUGGCUUUCCAUUUACCGGUCAGCACUCCGCCGAAUGCCAUAGUGUCUGCAUAUGCUAGCGUUAGAACCAAGGAUAUG